AUUCAGAUUUCAGGUACAUCCUUCUAUAGCUAGGGUUUUUACAUUUCACCGAUAAAACCCUUGACUUCACCUGCAAAUUCCUCAUUUUUGAAGGAAGUUUCUGAUUUUAAUUCUAUGAAUUUUCUUAGUUUUUUGGAAUAGAACAAAUUAAGUUCGAAAUUGGAUAUUGCCGUGGAUAUCACACAUCGUUUUGGUGGUGAUCACGGUGGAAAUUGGUGGCGGUCAUGGCGGUUUAACGGAGCAGACAACAAUGGCGGAUUUCACCACCUCAACUCACCGAGCCAAGUGGAUUUUCUCUCCCCAAGAUCUCAAGGAAAAGUUUAAGGCUGUCAAUCAGAGAGCUAAACAGGCAUUGGAGAAGUAUGGAACAACUCGAAUGGAAGUAGAUGUUGAUGGGUCUUUCUCAUAUGUGGAACCGCCAGCUGGUGCAAAAGAAACCGGUGAGAAGCGUCCAAAACCCCUUAAAGUUGAAGAAGAACAACUUCUGAGAGCUUUUUACGAGUUCAAAAUUCAAGAUGUAUGUGAUGCGUUUAAGUUCCCACGCAAAAUUCAGGCUACAGCUCUUAUUUACUUUAAAAGAUUUUAUCUACAAUGGUCUGUGAUGGAACAUCAUCCGAAAAAUAUCAUGUUAACCUGCAUAUACAUUGCUUGCAAAGCAGAAGAGAAUCAUGUAUCAGCUGAGGAGCUUGGUAAGGGGAUCGAACAGGAUCACCAAGUUAUCCUCAACAAUGAACUUCUGGUUCUUCAGAGUUUAGAUUUUGAUCUCAUUGUUUUUGCUCCUUAUCGUGCAGUUGAAGGUUUUGUCAAUGAUAUAGAGGAGUUCCGUGGAGCUGAAGGUGAGCAACUUGAUACACUGAAGAAAUUGCUUGAAAGUGCCAAGAUAGAAGCAGAUAGGACUAUGCUUACAGAUGCAACCCUUUUAUUUCCACCUGGGCAGUUGGCACUGACAGCGCUUCGUAGAGCUAAUGAGAAGCUUCGUGUUUUUGAGUUUGAGAGAUACCUUGAAAGAAUUUUAGCACGCCAACAACCUACUCAUUCCAUUUCAGACCUAAGUGGCCUUUUAAAACCUAUUGAGUCUUUGAUAAAUAAACUUGAGUCCCCUUCGGCCAAAGAUGUGAAGCACAUUGAUCGGAAACUAAAAUCGUGCCUGGAUCCUGGUCUACAUGACAAAAGUAAGAAGAGGAAGCACAGAUCAAAAGAUAGUUCAAAUGAAGUGCAUGACAUGGCUUGAGUUAUUCAUACGAAAUUCAUAUUCUUGUGUGGAAUGACUAUUUGUUGCUGCUCUUCAUCAGUUAAUUUACUAAUUAGUCCUGAGAUUCAUGGUGUACGGAACAAAGACCCGAUUUUGGAACUUCCCAAUUUCCUUUGCCCCCUUUUGUGGGUGAGUCAAGUAGACUAUAUAUGUCAUAUAAUUGGAGUCUAUGCACACCUAAGUUGAUGUUGCGAUGAAGCACAAAUCCUUUCUCUUGUACUCAAGACAGUAGAGCGGCUGAUUGCCGAGGAACAGGUUUCUACUCUGUGAAGAUGCUCAAUGCAGCCAGCUCAAAGAAGCGAUCUUGAUUGUGAAAGAUCUCGAUUUUGUUCUUCGCUGUGAAUCGGAGGAAUGCUGACCCAUUCUUGAAAAAGAACUGCAAAACUGGAUGUUAUUGUUGGUUGUUCCUCGUUAUUAUGUUGUGUGAUUUUAAUUUGACUGUGAUAGUGAAGUACAGUUUAUCUGAUUGUAAACAUUGACAUAUCUUUCUAUAUUUUCGGUGCACACAAUUCUUCAUAUGCAUCAAUUAUAGUUAUGUAACGAAUGAUUCUAUGACAAUAGCAAUGUGGACUUUGGUCUAUAA